CGGCCCCGCCGCCGGGCACCGCCCGCGGGCCCCCCGGCCCCUCGCCACAACCCCCCGGACACGCUGCCAGCCCCGCCCCGCCCGCGAAUUAGCACAACAAACAUCGUGGGGAACGCCCGCGCCAGCUGCCGCUGGGGGCUUCAAAGAGGUGAAAUAAUUAACAAAAAAAAAAAAAGGGAGAAACGCACAAAACACCCGGCUGUGCGAGCGAGAGCCGUCGAGAGAAGGGAUUCAGCGAACAAAGAGUAAAAUCAACCCCCCGGAGAUGGCCGCAGCGCUCUGAUGCCAGAUGGACGCUCUCGGGUUUGUUGUACCCAUUCCCCGGCCUGCGUUUAGUUAAACUAUUUGAUGUUUAAAUUUAAAGUAUUGAAAGCGACGUAGAGGGAUGUUGCAGGUUAAAAGACAGGGAAGAUAUUCCCCAGGUUUAAAAUCAGCGCUGUGGGUAUGCAGAGACCCCGGCAGUGGCUGCAGUUUGUGUUUAUAUUCACGUUCUCUUGUUUUGCCUCAAAGGAUCGUUUCGAAGAAAAAACCCACAAGAUUUGGCCUUUGCCGUGUGUAGGAUGAUUAAAAAUUAGGUAUAGGUAAGAAAUUUGCACAUGGAGAGUGUUCCCUGCCCAGCACUGAGAGGCCAGUCCAGCACUGUACACCACAUUAAAGGCUGAAAAAAGGAAGUUUCAGAGAAAAUGGAAAAGAACGAGUUCAGUUCCAACCCCACCAAGUCAGGGCAGUACUUAAAAACAACAGAUGAACAUUCAGAGUUUUUAUUUUGAAGUAAAGACCCUGGUUUCAUUGGGUGACCCUGCAUUUUUAGUUACAGAAGAGAAAAAUUCCUGCUUUAUCCCUAAAACAAAGCUGUUUCCUCACUGACCUGAUGUUACAGGGCUGUGACCCAACCCAGGACAAGCUGUUAGAACCCUGGCUGGUUUCCUCCCUGGAGUGGAAGGAAAGGAGAUGCUUCCACAGCUGUGGAAACCACAACAGACAGAAGAAGAGUUCCUGCUGCAUCCUGAAGACACAGCACAGACUGAAUCCUGAGCUUCUGUCUCAAUCCUUUAUCAUCACCACCUGAGAUUCCUUCAACAGGAGCUACUUCACUCCUUCAAUUCUCCCUGCAGACAGAGGAAACUUGUGUCUGUAUUUCACAGGAUGCUGCUGGAUGUGAAGCUAUGUCAGAGCAGGGAAUAAUUUGGGGUUGGAUGCUGCUGUUGGAACUCAGGACCAGCAUAAAGAAUCUUUCUGUUUUUUUCCUGCUCUUUACAAUCUUGUACCUGCUCCUGCAAAUUUCUCAGUUCCUGGAAACGGGAAUGGAAGAAUUAUUUUUUGAGACAGAGCUGACAACCCAUCAUCUCCUGUGCUUACCCCACAGUGAUGCCUCUCAUCGUUGGUGGUUUCCAGUCCCCCUCCCAGCCCCGGAAGGGUCGGGCAGGUCCCUGCAGAGCCAGGGAACCCCCUUUUCCCGGCCGGGGGCCAGGAGGAAGCGCUGAGUUCCCAGUUCUGCCUCCUUCUCAAGCCUUCCCCGGGCGCUGCCCGGGCUUCCCUGGAGAGGGCAGCCGAGCACCGCUGAGCUCCGGCGGCUGCUGCCGAGCCCCUGAGCCGCACACGCUGCCCCAGGGGAAGGAGGCAAAGCGGGAUUUGGAUUUGGAGAGGACGGGGUGUAACCGCUCGUGAUGCCACCGAAUGAGGGAACUGGGAUCCCAGCAGGAGGGAAAGUUGAGUUCCCAGCUGGAGAACCGAGGUGCUGGUGCUGGGAUGGGGCCGUGGGGUCGCCCUGUGGGUGGCAGAGCGAGGUAAGGAGCAUCCAAGGGCUAAGGAUCCCAUCUUUGCUUCGCUUCCAAGGCUCCCCACUACAGCCUGUAUGUACAUCCAACUACAGUGUGGCCAGCUCCUUUGGGAUUUGGGGCCAGCUUGCCUGUCCCCCCUGACGCGGUGAUAUUGUCCCUGGUGUCACCCGGCAGGGAAAGCUGUCCCUGCUUUCCAGAGGCACCAGCACAGCCCAGCCCCAGGCUGCUGCCCAGCCGAGGGGGAAGUGGUCACUGGAGGAAGGAUGGAUGGGAGCAGGUACAGCAGCGACCACAGCCUCUGCACCCCUCUGACCACAGGGAUUGUGUAGCUGAAGACCUUAAGGCAUUUUCCUUCCGCUUGAAGAGAGAAAAUCACCUCGUUCCUCUGGCAUGAGCGGACUGUGUACAGAGAAAUUGAGGGGCACAGGUGAGAUUUGUGCUGCUCGUGGAGCUGCAGGCAGACAGCAGAUUUCUGAGCUUGCCCUUAGACCUGCACACAACCAGGUACAUCCAGAUUUUUUCACGUCUGCCUCCUUGCUUCUUUCCUCCCCAUACUUUUCCGUGUUCCCAGAGAAAUCAGGAGGAGAACCUGAAUGUCUCUUGCCUCAAACUCUGCAGCUACAUGGAGAGAUGAGAGGGACUGGGAGGACAAUUUCAGCGAGCCGGAGGGUUUGGGUGGUUGUAGAUGUGGCACGAGCAGGCAGCAGAACACAACACCCAGAGGAGAAGGGAGGAAGGAAAAAAAACUCGACACACAUUCUCCGAAAGAAUGUGACAGAGAGCAAGGAAGCAGAGGAAGGAUUCACACGGAUGGAUUUCCAACCCAGGGGAAUAAACCAGAAUGGUUCAGCAAACCCAGACGAAACCAGAAGUGCUGUGAGAGGAGAGGGAAGCGGGCGCUGUCCGCAGCUGCAGCAGCUGCCCUGAGAGCCGGAGCGAUGGGAAGCCCCAGAGCAUCGGUGGGGAGAGCACCUGAAGAAGUGCAGAAGGAAGCAGAAGGCUCUCUGUGAGCUCCCAGCUCCAGGUAACCACCAUGGAUUCCUGCAGGAUACCUGCAAACGCCUCCAAGUGCAGUGGGAACACCAUGGAGUGCUUCAUGGUGCUCAGCACGCAGGCACAGAAGAUAAGCAUUGGCAUCCUGUGUGGCCUCUUUGGGACAAUGUGUGUUUUUGAGAACUCCCUGGUGCUCUACCUGAUUUUCUCAUCCCCUGGGAUCAGGAAGAAGCCUUCCUACCUCUUCAUCGGCAGCCUGGCCCUGGCUGACAUCCUGGCCAGCAUCAUCUUUGUCUGCAGCUUCGUGAACUUCCACGUGUUCAACGAGGUUGGUUUCUCCAAGGAGGUGUUCCUGCUGCAGCUGGGAGGGGUGAACACGUCCUUCUCUGCCUCCCUCAGCAGCCUCCUGCUCACAGCCCUGGACCGCUACAUCUCCAUCAGCCGGCCCUCGGAGUACAAGCUCCUGAUGACCAGGAAAAGAGCCUGGACAGCCCUGGCAGUGCUCUGGGUGACCUGUGCCACCAUUGCUUGCCUGCCCCUGCUGGGCUGGAACUGCUGCGUGCUGGAUUCCUCCUGCUCCGAGCUGUUCCCCUUUGUGGAUGACAAUUACCUGUCGGGCUGGCUCUGCUUCGUCGUGGUCCUGCUGGGCUGCAUCGUCUACGCCUACGCCCACGUGCUCUGGAGGGCUCGCCAGCACGUGGCCUACAUGGAGAAGCACCAGGCACAGGCAGGGAAGCAAAACACCCGGAUGAGGAUGGACGUGAUGCUGGCCAAGACCCUGGUCAUGGUGCUGGCUGUCCUGAUGCUCUGCUGGUCCCCCGUGCUCGUGCUGAUGAUCUACAGCGUCUUCGGCAGGCUGAGCGACCGCCUGCGCAAGGUGUUCGCCUUCUGCAGCACCCUCUGCCUGCUCAACUCCAUGGUCAACCCCAUCAUUUACGCCCUGCGGAGCAAGGAGCUCUUCUCCUCCCUGAGGAGGGCGUUCUCCCACUUCAGGAGGCAGCUGAAGGCCCCUGAGGAGAGCCCAGAAGCAGAGAGCACCCACAAGUCCUCCGUGAUAGAGACCGUCUGCAAGGACACCCAUGCCAUGUAGGGAGGCACCUGUGGGAGAUCCACCCACUCAGCCUGGAAGGAACAGUCUGGAACACUUUUCUUUGUAUUUUCUCUUCUGAUGGGAGUUGAGGGAUCAGCUGUGAUGUGGAGACAGCUCCUGCUGAUGUCACCCUUCAGUGCUGGGACAUGAAGUGCACAGACUUUGCUCUCAGGCACAGGCUGGGAUUGUUGGGAUGUCCUGUGCAGGUCCAGGACUGGAUGAUCCUUGGGGUGUCCCUUCCAGCUUAGGAUAUUCCAUGAUUCUGUGAUCAUCUCCCAUCAGGGGAGGUUCAGGUUGGACAUCAGCAGGAAUUUCUUCAUGGAAAAGGUGGUCAGGCUUGGAAAGGGCUGCCCAGGGAGGUUUGGAGUCCCCAUCCGUGGCACUCAGUGCUCUGGGCUGGUGACAAAGUGAGGACUGGGCACAGCUGGGACUCGAUGUUCUGGAAGGGCUUUUCCAACCUCUCACUGGGGCUUCAGGAUUUGGCCAGAGCUGGGGCAGACAGGACCUUGCAGGCAGCACAUUUCUUCAGGCAGGUUUCAGGAGAACUGACCGAACCACACGGGUGUUUGUGGGAUGUUAUGUG